AUGCAUCGCGUUACUCUUUUUCUCUUCGUCGUUCCAUUCAUAAGUGCCGAUAUGAGUUCAGUUCGCUUAUUCGAUUCGCCAUUGCCGGCGGAUUACUGCAAAAACGGUGGUACUCUUGUUGAGGGAAAGUGCGAAUGCACAAUGCGAUAUGAGGGAUUGCAAUGUGAACGCGAGCGAUGCCUCAACGGCGGACGUCGACACUCCAUAAAAGGAGUGGUCAAAUGUCAUUGUCCAUUUGGUUUAUCUGGCAAUCGAUGUGAAAAUGUCACAUAUUGCGAACCGGGAAAAGGAAAAUUGGCAAAUGGAAAGUGCGAAUGUUUCGAAAGAUGGACAGGGCUCUUCUGUCAGUCACGUACAUGCUACAAUGGUAUCCCAACGGGCGGUCUUGAUGGUUUCUGCCUUUGUGAUCUUGGAUACACAGGACCUUUCUGUGAUACUCCACUGAUUUGCGAGAACGGGGGUAGUGUGAAUUCUAAUAACGAAUGCUCGUGUAAACAUGGUUACACUGGAGAGCGUUGCGAGUCUUGCUCUUUGGGCUUCGUCAAAGACGGGCAAAAGUGUGUGCAAGAAGUAUCGGAAUCUUCCCUUCUAGCACACACAGGAACCCUAAGUUCUCGUCCGUUCGCAUGGCCAAUUGUUCUCAUGGGAUGUGCUGCCGCCCUUGCCUUGGUCGUUCUCGCACUCACCGUAAUUCUCGCAGUUCGGAAAUGGAGCGCGAAACCGUCACGAGUGAAUUCCGUUCAAGGAGAUCCAGAAAAUGGAACCGACGUCUAA